AUGUCAUGGAUGGAGCAGUGCGCCUACAUCAGCGCGUCGCGGCUGCGGGGCCUGCGCCACCUCACGGCCGGCAUGGACAGCGUCACCCUGGCCCGCACCACCAAGGUCGGAGACGUGCUGUACGUGACCGCACAGGUGGCCGUCACCGUCUUUGGCGAGACCCCCAGCGAGGGCGCCGUGUUCCACUGCGCCGACGCCUGCGUCACCGUCGUGGUGGUGGACGAGGGCGGCGCCCCCAGCAGCAUCCCCUUUGCGCUCGACCCUCAGACGCCGAACCAGCAGCUGCGGUACAGGACCGCCCUGCGCCGCCGCCGCGAGCGGCUGGCCAUGCGCCACGAUUUGCUCAAGGAGGCAGCUGCCAAGAAGCUGCUCGACGGCAGCCUGACCCGCAUGUCGUCGCACGGCAGCUGCAACGUGCUCUCGCAGGACCUCGCCGCCAGCGCCGCGGCCGCCGCGGCGGCCGCGAGCGCGCGGGCGUCCAUGCUCGCCGCCGGGGGCGCUGCCGCAGGCUGCGGCGGCGCGCGGCCCUUUGGCGGCUUUGGCGCGGCCGCGAGCGGCUUCCGGGAAGACGGCGGCGCGGCCGGCGCGCGCGCGAUCGACAUCCCGGCGGUUGUCACGUCCAACGGCGCCAGCAAGACGCUGGGGGUGUGCCCCUCCCCCAAGUUGGAGGGGAUUUUCCCGAUCAAGUCGGGCCAGCGCUCGGCCCCGGUCUCACCAAAGGGGCAGCUGCGGCAGCAGCUCAGGGUGGGGUCGGUGCCGUCGCCCCACGAGUACUUUGACAACUGGUGA